UCCAAAGAAGACUCGCAUCAUAAAAACUGUACAUCCAUGCUAACACAUUGCCCGCUGUUUAAAAUUUUCUCCUCGGUGUUAAUUUUAUGUGUUAUCAGAGUAAACAAGACAGCAGCUGUUAAAGACUGAAAAUGCGCCGCCUGGGCUCCGUUCAGCAGAAGAUACCGUGUGUUUUUCUAACCGACGUGAGGGAAGAACAGUCCAGAAAACGGGACUGUCAGCAAUUUCAAGUGAUUGCCACAGAAAAUGUGAAUCCUCUCGCUCUGGAAGCCAACAUAUAUUGUUCACUUGCCACAGAAAAACUGGAUGGUACCUGCUGCUAUGUUUCACCAUAUGGAGGUCAACCUUACCUCUGGGCUAGACUUGAUAGGAAACCUAACAAACAGACAGAGAAGAGGUUCAAGAAGCAUCAGUAUUCUCACAAGAGCUGUAAAGGUUUCACAUGGAACCCGGAGGAAGAUUUUAAAACGGUGCCUGAGGCGUGGAUCCCCGCUCACAAAGUCAAACAUCACAACGACCAUCCGAUGCCAGAUGAGCAUGGACAUAUUCCAGGCUGGAUUCCAGUGGAGAAGAGCAACAAGCAGUACUGUUGGCACUCCUCUGUUGUGGAUUACAAAGCUGGAGCGGCUCUUGUUCUCAGGCCCUGCUCUGAUGAUGAAGACAUGUUAGAAAUCACAGCGGUACCGUUGGCUGACCUCCAGGAACAAACGCUGGAACUCAUCGGAACCAACAUCAAUGGAAACCCUUAUGGACUGGGGAAUAAGAAGCAGCCUGUUCACUGCCUGGUGCCACAUGGGAGCAUUCCCAUCAGAAACCCUCCACCUGUGGACUUCCAGCAGCUCUGUUCCUGGUUCCAAGAGAAUCCAGAGGGCCGAGUUGAGGGCAUCGUGUGGCACUGCAAUGACGGGACUCUUGUUAAAGUUCAUCGUCAUCACCUGGGACUGAGGUGGCCGGAUGGGUACACCCACCUUGCUGACAGGCCUGUAGUCAUUCGUGUUGAUGGGAUGGUCGAUGUUUACGACAACAGGCAGGGCCUGUUUGCAUCCCUCUUCACUUUAAAUGGACACAGCUUCAGCCGGCUCCAGGACGUGCAGUUUGAGCCGUAAAAACAAGCGUCGAUGACUCGGCUCCUUGUCUUUACAGCUGCCAGAUAACUUCUCAUCCUUUAAAACUUUUAACAUCUGAAAGUCUUAAUAAGAGUCAAGAUUGUUGCACCAAAGCGUAAAAGUGAGGUGCAUAAAAGCCUGACGACAGUUUUCAGAAAUGUGUACAGCUUACAUGUGAAGGAUACAAAUGAUAUACUGUAAAUAGUGUACAUUCAGCUCUCGGUGUGUGAAGAGAAUAAAUUAAGUUUUCAAUAAUUUAAAUCAUUAAAAUGACAAGUUUUUUUUAUUGGCAAAAUAGAAAGCUUAUAAAUAUGCUACAUAAUAAAAUUACAUUACAAAUCUAAAGCUUAAUAUUAACAUAGUAAUAAAAACAAUCUGGGGGGAAAAAGGACACCACUGCUAAAAGGUUAACUUUUGCACUUUUUUCAAAUAGUAAAAAUCUAAGUAACAUUACAAACCACAUUGGUGUGCCUCUGAAAGUUUCAACAGUAGUUUAGACUGUUGUCGGUCCAGUAAAAGACACAGUAACUCUGAGUUAACUGACGGACACGCUGGGCAUUUCAGCCUUUACACCAAAGCGAUCACACACCUUCUUCAGCUGCUCCUCCAGCAGGAUGUUCUUCUUCACCUCUAAAUCGUAGUUGUACUUCAAGUCCUCAAGUUCUUCAAAAAAUGUCGGGUCAAAGUUCUCCAGCUCCUUCUUCAGCUUUCUGACCUCCACCUGAAGUUUGCUUUUCUCCCUUUCUGCAGCCUGCAGGAGGUUUGCAAGUUUCCCGUGAUCUGAGAGUCAUCAGAGAUAUUCAGUAGUUUGUAAAUUAAACAUAAAAAUAAAGUCAUAUUGAGCAGUUUCAUUCAAAUGAAACUCUGUUAAUGGACCACAUAAUGCACACAGAGACCAAAACGAUUGUGUGUGUAUAGCUUAAAACCCUUUUAAUGUGAAUAUGACUUAAAAAAAAAACACCUAAAUCUGCCACAGCUUCUUGUCUGAGAAACACCAGUGUGCAGUGAAGUCUCACCCAGUUUCGAGGAUGCUUCGCCGUAUCGCUCGGCGUACUCGUUGAGCUUCUGCGUCAGUUCAGCGUUCUGCUUCUCCAGCUCUGUGUUCGCCGUCCUGCAUUCACACAACAGUCAUAUCGGUGGCAUCGUCCACGCCAAGCAAGUCCGAUCAGACUGGAAACUAAUUCUAGUUUUGGAUCUGUCAGACUCUGAAUGUGUGACGCUCUAUUCUACUGUGAAAGUCGGUGUGGUUUACAAAUAAACUGUGAAACAACAAUUUCUUCUCCAGCCGCUGCAGUGUGUCAUUACAACUCAAAAAUCACUGUACC